AUGGAUGAGGACUCUAGGUAUUACGUGGUGGUAAUACCAGCUGAGCUCUACCACCUGCACAAAGGGAUGUUGUGGGUCCAUUUGGCCAACCUCAAUGAAACCGUCUUGGUGACUCUCCAGCUGGAAAGAGAGAGACCAUCCAGCAACAUCAUCCUGUUGGAGAAGAAGGUCAAGGAGCCCAAUCUGACUGAGAAUGCGCUCUCUUCGGUGCCAGCCCCAACCACCAGGUGGAAGGAAGUUGCACACCUGAAUGUGUCAAUCGAAGGAGAUUCCCUGAAGUUCUCGGAGCGGAAGAAAGUGCUCCUAAUAGCACUGGAGCCUGGGACCUUUGUACAGACAGACAAACCCAUCUACAAGCCUGGACAGACAUCUGUCUUAUGUCUGUUUGUUUUGCAGGUGCCCCUGGUGACCCUGCAGGAUCCCAAUGGGAACCGGAUCGCUCAGUGGCGAGAUGUGGCCCCCCAGCAGGGCAUCGUGGACCUGUCCCUCCCUCUGUCUGCAGAGCCGGCCUUGGGGACGUACUCCAUCGAUGUGGAGGGCACUAAGCACUCCUUCAGCGUGGAGGAAUACGUGCUGCCCAAGUUUGAAGUGACCCUUGAGUUGCCCCCUGUGGUGACAGUGCUGAAGGAGACGUUAGAAGUGCGAGUGUGUGGCCGAUACACCUACGGGAGGCCUGUCCAGGGGACUGUCAAGAUCAGCGUGUGUCGAAAAGCCUGGCCUUUCCGGUUUAGUCAUAAUGAACUCCAACCAUUGUGCAUGGAGUUUACUGGCCAGACUGAGAAGAAUGGAUGCUUUUCCAAGAAGGUGUCAAUGUCCCAUUUUAACCCAUCUUCCUUUGGAUAUGAAAUGAACCUCCAGGCCACAGCAUCACUGACAGAGGAAGGGACAGGGGUAGAGCGCAAUGUGACCAAGAGCUGCGGGAUUGUGCCUGACAUUGCCUCGGUGACCUUUGAGAAUGCUGACACUUUGUACAAACCUGGAAUCCCCUUUGUCGGCAAGAUGCUCCUGAAGGUGACAGAUGGCUCUCCAAUGAAGAAUGAAAAGCUUCAUCUCUUUGUUACCCAUGGGGGAAGGACAGAGAACAAGACAUUUGUGACAGAUGAAUCUGGGAGAGCCUCCUUUGAGCUGGACUCGUCCAGCUGGACUGGGACAGUUGCUCUAAGGGGGCAGUUCAAAGAGGUGGAUCACAGUUAUGUGCUUGGAAGAGUCUCUCCCCAUUACAUAGAUGCCUACCAUUUCCUGGAGCCCUUUUACUCGGAGAGCAAGAGUUUCCUGAAGAUCCAUGCACAAGGAGAGGUGCUGCCCUGCGACCAGACCCAACAGCUUCAAGUGGAGUACGUCAUUGCCAGGAAGGCCCUGGGGGCUGAGACCAAGAGCCUGGAUUUCUACUUCCUGGUUGUGGCCAAGGGAGCCAUCAUAAGGAGCCUGUGGCAAGGACUAGACUUUGGAGAGGGGGCUGAGCUGAAGGGCUCCUUCUCCAUUGAGCUGCCUGUUGGGGCUGAGCUGGCACCCUCUGCCAAGGUGCUGGGUUAUACAGCGCUGCCCAGUGGAGAGAUGGCUGCCGAUAGCAAUGAGCUUCACAUGACCAAGUGCUUCCCGAACAAGGUGAAGCUGGCGUUCUCGCAGGACAGGGCCCUGCCAGGCUCCGAGCUCCACCUCCAGGUACAGGCCUCCCCUGGCUCUCUGUGCGCUGUCCGGGCCGUGGAUCAGAGUGUGCUGCUCAUGAAGCCCGAGGCUGAGCUCAGUGUUGACACGAAUGCAGCUUUGAAAGUUUGCACGUACGCCAACAUCAGGAUGCCCUGCUUGACUGAAGAAUUUAUGCCUCUCCCUGAAUACUACUCAGGCCCAGCAGGUCCCCCAUUCACUGGAGGGGUGGCAGGAAUAGCUCCUAGGCCUUCCCUGGACAAUGUCAUGCUAGAGCCCAUCAUCCGUGCAUCAUCCAGCAUCUAUGAAGAGCCAGCACCACGGGUGUACUUCCCCGAGACAUGGUUGUGGGAUCUGGUCCCUGUGGGUGAGGAGGGCUCCAACAAUGUCCCAGUCACCGUCCCUGACAGCAUCACAGAAUAGGCCGGGAUGUUCUGCACGGCAGACGUUGACUUUGGACUCUCCUCCACGGCCACCUUGACAGCCUUCAAGCCAUUCUUUGUGGAGCUGGCCUUGCCAUAUUCUGUGAUCCGUGGAGAGGCCUUCACCCUAAAGGCCACUGUCUUCAACUACCUGCUGCAAUGCAUCAAGGUGCAGGUGACACUGGUGGAGUCUACGCAGGUCCAGGCACAGGCUGGCGAGGACAGCGCUUACACCAGCUGCCUCUGUGCAGAAGAGGGGAAAACCUUCCAGUGGGAGGUGACAGCCACCAGCUUUGGGAAAGCGAACUUCACUGUCAGCACCGAGGCCCUGCACACCCAGGAGCUGUGUGGCAAUGAGGUGGUUAUAGCGCCUGCCCAGGGGAGAGUGGACACUGUGAUAAAGCCCCUGCUUGUCCAGCCGGGCGGGAUCCUGGAGGAGAAGGCGCACAGCUCCCUGCUCUGCCAGGAAGUGUCAGAGAACGUCUCCCUGGCGAUUCCUGGGAACAUAGUGGCAGGCUCUGAGCGAGCCCACGUGACUGUCCUGGGUGACAUGAUGGGCGCAGCUCUGCAAAACGUGGAUGCUGAAUGUGGUUUGCCUCCCCUCCAUGCAGGGUACCAGUGUGAGCUGACAUAUAAGCACGAUGAUGGCUCUUAUAGCGCUUUGGGGAAGAGCGAUGCCACAGGCAACACCUGGCUGACGGCCUUUGUUGUCAAGUGUUUUGGCCAAGCCAGACCCUACAUCUUCAUUGACCAGCAGCACAUUGAGGAUGCCCUCAAGUGGCUGCAGCAGCACCAGAUGGAGAGCGGCUGCUUCCAGAGUGUGGGGAAACUGCUGAACAACGCCCUGCAGGGCGGUAUCUCGAACGAGCUCUCUCUCUCCGCUUACAUCACGGCUGCGCUGCUGGAGCUGGGGCUGCCGCUCAUGGACCCCAUGAUGAGCAAGGCCCUCCAGUGCUUGCACAAAUCCUCCAACACCACUGACAUCUACACACAGGCGCUGCUGGCCUACUCCUUCGGGCUGGCAGGGGACAUGCAGCUGUGGAGUGCCCUUCUGAAAAGCCUGGCCCAGUACAGCACUAGCUCUGGGGGGCAGCUCCAUUGGGAGAGGAAGGUGAAGCCGCCGCCUGGCACUGAUUCCUUCUGGGCCCAAGCCCUGUCAGCUGAAGUGGAGAUGACCGCGUAUGUCCUUCUGGCCUAUCUCUCCCCGCCCAAAGAGGCUACUGCUGACCUGGCGACUGCCUCCCAGAUUGUCCGCUGGCUCAGCAAGCAGCAAAAUCCCUAUGGCGGCUUUGCGUCCACACAGGACACGGUGGUCGCCCUGCAGGCCCUGGCCAAAUACGCAGCUUUGACAUACAGCGUGAGCGGGGACAUGACGGUGACAGUGAAGUCGCAGGGCAGUUUCCAGCAGGAAUUCCACGUGGACAACACCAACCGGCUGGUGCUGCAGCAAGCGACCCUGCCGCAGAUCCCUGGGGAGUACACAGUGACGACCCAGGGACAGGGCUGUGCCCUGGUGCAGCUGACCCUGCGCUACAACCUGCCACCAAAAAGUGCCACGACCUUUGACCUGCGUGUGGAGACAGACCCUAAGGAGUGCACUGGGAAUGCCAGAACCCACUUCAGCCUCAUCCUUCAUGCUCGGUACAGCGGAGGGCGCUCAGCCACCAACAUGGCCAUCCUCGAGGUCAAACUGCCAUCCGGCUACCUCCCUGACAAGAAGUCCGUGAGGAAGCUGGAGAACGAGGGUUUGGUGAAGAAGCUGGAGCUGUCUGCUGAUGAAGUGAUACUCUACUUGGACCAGCUGACUAAAGAGGAGACAACGUUCACCUUUUCUGUGGAGCAAGAUUUCCCUGUGAAGAAUCUCAAGCCAGCCACUGUGAGACUGUACGAUUACUAUGAGAUGGCUGAACACACAGAAGCUGAAUACAGUGCCCCGUGCAGCUCAGCCCCUGGCACAGAGGAAGGAAAUUCUCGCUGAUGCCCCUAGCCUGGCCUCCCAGCUGGGCCCCUGCCUUCCCAUCCCAGACACCGCAGCAGCAGCCAGACACCGAAUGAUCUGCAGAGCUGACUGGCCCUUUCUUAGCAGCUGCUCCUAGUCCCAGCUGCCCCCUUCCCCGCAGCUUGGGCUGGAUGGAGCUGAGCAGUCAAGACACAGACCCUGAACACCUCCUGCAGACAACACAUCUCAGGGUGCUCUGCAAACAUGCCCCUGCCAUCCCUUCUCUCAAUCUUCAACCCUGCCCGCAUGACUGGAGCCCAUGUACGUGGGACCAGUGGGACUGCUGGGAUUUGCCUGCCUGCUGUGGCAGAAGCAGCAUAUUAGAAACUGUGACAUGUCA